CGUGUCGCCUUGAAAAAGUUGGUAGCGCAAGUGUCCGAGUAGCACCUGAAGGCAGCAACAGCAGCAGGUUCUGACGAGCGCAGCUGACAGCGGAUUUUUGGUGCUGCGACAAGCGACAGCAAAAAUCCCUGGCAUGGAGAGCCCUUCAGGGACAGCAGCUGAAACCUCAGCACGCACCUACUCCCAGGUUGUCUUCAUCGACAUCCCUCACUCUUACCCACCUGCGACCCCCGUCACCUGCUGCUACACCCUCACUGCAGGGUACCAGCCCCAUCCUAGGGACUGGGUGGGCAUUUUUAAGGUGGGGUGGAGCACAGCAAAGGAUUAUCAUACCUUCGUAUGGGUGGAGCCAUGUCUGGAUGUGGUAGGACAGGGGUCAGUGACUAGACAAGCUGUUUUUAAGGAGUACUACCUGCCGAAGGAUGAGAUCGAGUUCUACCAGUUCUGCUACGUUGACAACAGUGGUCAGGUGCGAGGAGCCAGCACUCCCUUCUGUUUCAAAAACCCAGAGGAGCAAAACAUGGAGAGCAGCCCGGAGGACGACCUCCUGGUUAUUACAACACAGGAGCAGGUCGAGCAGAGCAUGCAUGAGAAAGCUGAACUGCAGAAGGAGCUGGAUCAGAUGAGGCAGGAAAAUGAAAACUUGAAAAGUACUUUACAGAAGGAACAACAAGAGGCUGCCAUCUUAAAGGGGCAGAAUGAAGAGAAAGAGAAAGAGAAGAGUGAGCUGGUCAGAGAACUGGAUCAGAUCAAGGAGCAGAAUGGAAACUUAAAAAGCCACUUACAGCAGCAGCAGCAAGAAAUGGAAAACGCAAAGGAGGAGUUGGUCCAAAUGAAAAAGAAGGUGGAGAUACAGCAACAGAGCGCUGCGGAGCAGAACAAAAUGAAUCAGAGUUUGAGUUUUGACGGAGCAUCAAGUCCAAAUGAGACACAUUCUCAGGAGAAAUACAAUCGAGCAGUGGUGAAGAUCAACCAGCUGAAAGACGAGCGCAAGGAGCUGAAGGAGAGGAUCGAUGUUCAAAGCGACGAGAUUGUAAAGUUACAUAGCAAAUUCAGAGAAGUAGAACGGGAACUGUUCAAAGCAAGAGACAGCAUCCAGCUUCUACAGGUUGAUCUUCAGAGCAGUGAGAAAGAGAAAGAGAGGCUCUCUGCAGAGCUACAACGGCUGCAAAGCAUCGCACACAACGUGGACGAAGUGAAGAGGGAGAACCAGGAGUUACGCAGGUCGCUGUCGCAACAAGAGGCACCGGAGGCCUUUCCAGCUGAUGAUUGUCAGACUCUCUCCAGCCAGCUACAGGAUGUUCAGGUGAUGUUGGUGACGGAGAAGGAGGAGUCCAAAAACGCCAAGAGACGAGCUGAGUAUCUGGACAGACAGUUGAUGGAGGUCAGGGAGCAGCUGGAGAGUGUGAGCUCAGCAUAUGACCAGGAGCAACGGAAAAGCGGCAAAUUGGAGCUACAACUCAGAGAGGCAUUGGAAACGAUCUCAGAUAAAGAAAGCAUCAUAGACGAGAAUGAACACCUGAUGAGGCUUGUAAAUCAUGAGAAAGAGGAGCUCAUCAGAGAAAACCACAAUCUAAAAAGUGAUAUCGACGGCCUGCGCAGAGUUCACGACCUCAAUAUCGCUCCCCUCACCGAACCGCCACACAUGCAGCCUGACGCCACCUCACAAGCCGGAAACGCUUCAAUCGGCCAUGAGCAGCAACAUCAGGACACAUCUGGCCAGGCUGAUGACCUGUAUGAACCCAUUGGGAACAUUGAAGAACCAGAGGAAGAGGUGCUGGUGUGUCGUCACUGCCAGGAGAGCUUCCCCGGCAUAACCCGAAACGAACUGGAGCAGCACGAGCAGAGUCACAGAGUGUGUCCUUUCUGCACCAUGAUCUGUGACAACAUGGAGCAGUCUGUGUUCGAAGAUCACGUCUACAGUCACGAGCUGUGAGACCUGCACCGGGCCAAAAGUGUGGUUGAAUAAGAUUUAAUAUUACACGUCCUGCAAGCUACGUGGUCAUAUUUAAAGGACUAUUGUGAUGUUUUUGCAUGUUCAUAUUCAUUUACUGCUAAUUAUACUUAACUUUAAAUGGGCACUGUACCAGUCUUACAUAUUCAUUUACCAGUCAAGGGAAGAACUACCUGGGGGAAGUUUCUUUUGAGGCUCUGGAGGAGUUUUAUGAAAUCUAAGAAAACUACUUAAGUGACUAAGACUGAAGAUGACAGAUUAUUUUACUGUGUUACAAACCAGAGUGAGGAGUUUGAAAGAUGUCAUCAGAGCAGAGGUCUAAAGAUGAUGGAGGUGCAUUGUUUAUGCAGCUUGACCCAUAUCAGGGACUAAAGUCAGUCAGGACAUCUCAACAUCUGCUGCUUUAAUUUGGAUUUCAAUUCAUUUUUAAAUCUCUCGUGCAAUACUUAUUUUAAAUUGAAAUAAUUUAAAGAUACAUAAUCCAUCACAGUGAACAUCAUGUCCACAUUCAUUUUGGUACAACAAAUUGUUGUAAAAGGCCUGCAGUGAAUUAUCACAUAUUGCAUUGAGUAUUAGUUGAAAUUUUUUGAUGCUGCCGCCAGUAUGAUAAAACCAGAGUUUCUGUAUUGAUUCCCAGCAAUACAAAACCCUUGUUGUCAUUUAACAAAAGAACUAAAGUUUUCAAGUCUUGUCUAAACACAAGCAGACGCAUUUUUCACGAUAUUAGGCAAGCCAUCACAAAUUUUCUUUUAUGUUUUUCUCUCUAUCAAGUCACUGGAAACACAGUCCAUUGUCUACUGUGUGUGUGUUAACCAGGUGGUAUUAAUGAUUGUAUUGACGUCGACUUCACCCUCACUCAGAAACAUGCUUAAAAUGGUUUGGUCCUUUAAGUAGAUUAAAUCAUAAUUAAAACUAAAGCAUGCACAUUAUAUAUUAACCACCAUUAUUCUUUUAAAGUACAGUAUAGCUUUGCACUUAUUAUCUCUCAGAGGAAAUUCUUAAAUACUGUUAUCAGAUCUGCUGAUUGAAGGGUUUAUUUGAUCUGUUUUAAACAUGUAUAUGUGACAGGAUGAAUUGUUGAUGAGAGACUGAGCAAUAUAACGUGAGUUUGUGUCAAUGACGAGGUCAAAUGUGUAAGAGCAUUUAAAUGGGAUGUAAUAAAAAUUAGGAUUAACUGGUACAA